UUUAUACAGUUAAGUUUGCUUCAGAAUCAGCCCAACGUCUCUGCCUGAAGAAGAGAAAAUAAGCAAAACACAAGAAAAUCAAAGAAGUAUAAUCAUUUAUUUUUGUUGGAUUUACCAGGGACAGGAUUGUGACUUAGGAAGUACAAUACUGAAGACUCACAGGACAGUUCUGAAGGGGAACAAUGAGAGCUCCUUCUCUGUGGAUCCUUCUUGUCGUGUGGAUUUUUGUACAGACAGCUUCCUUUGAAGAGAAUGCUCACCAGUACGAUGCUUGUCAAAAGUGCAACUCUGAUAACUUCUGCAACUGCUCCUGGGGGACUUUAGAGAAUGUUCCACGUGUAUUGGAAAAUGUCUCCGUGUUUGACCUGUCUCACAACAAAAUCUCACAGAUUAAGGACACUGAUUUCAUAACAUAUGUGAAGCUCAAAAGACUUCUAUUGCAAUCAAAUCAAAUCCAAUCUAUUGCUGACCAGGCAUUCCAGCGCAACACACAGCUGGAGUAUCUUGACUUGUCGAAUAAUCUUUUGACUCAACUGUCGCCGAACUGGUUUAAAUAUCUUUCCAAAUUACAACACCUCAACAUUUUAGGGAAUAAAUACACAGAUUUGGGAUCAGGGGGAAUUUUCUCAAACCUGGCACAACUCAGAUGGUUAGAAUUUGGCAAUCCUUCUCUAUCUCUCCUAAAGGAAGAUGACUUUGUAGGAGUUACACAUUUGGAUGAGUUUAUUGUAAAAGCAGAGAAGUUACUUGUGUAUCAGAGAGGAAGUUUCAGUUCAUUCAGAAAUAUAAGUCAUGCUGCCUUGAGUUUGCAUGAUACAUUUCUGAACGAACCAGGCCAAGCUCAGCAGAUUCUUUUCGAUUUAUCGGGAUCCACCACCCACAUAGAGCUGAGAGACUUAGUAUUUCCCGAUAAAACAUACAAUCUGCUAUUUUCCACUGAAGGCAAUACAUUAAUAAGGAAGUUCACCUUCAGAAAUGUUUCUCUUACUGACAGUACUGUGCUUAGUUUUAUAAAUUCAAUGAAAAACACAAAAUUAUCUGAACUAGUAGCGCAAGACUGUGUGCUUUCGGGAACGGGGAAAUGGCGCAGAAUAACUUCCCAAACAAACAGCUUUCUACAAUCAAUAACAUUAAGUAACAUAUCCAUUAGAAAGUUUUAUUUAUUUUAUGAACUUUCAGGUAUUGGUCCCCUAUUAGAAUCCAUUAAAAAAGCUACAUUUACAAAAUUAAAGAUGUUCCUGAUGCCCUGCCGUGUAUCCAGAAAAUUAAAAAAUGUGCACUACCUUGAUUUAACAGACAAUUUGCUCAGUGACGGUAUUAUGCCGGAAACUCUUUGUUCAGGAGCUUGGUCUUCUGUGCGACAUCUUAUUCUGAGAAAGAAUGAUUUUAAAAACCUGUGUACAAUAAGCUCAAAAUUAUCCACACUUUCUAAUCUUACCCAUUUAGAUUUGAGUCAGAAUAGUUUUCGCGACAUAAAGACUUCAUGCAAAUGGUCUGAAAAUCUACAAUUUCUAAACCUUUCGAGUUGUGAUAUUAAAAACAUAAAAAAAGGUGUCCCUCCAAAUGUUGAAGUAUUGGAUUUAAGUAACAAUGCCAUCAGCAGUUUUGACAUUAAUGUGCCUUCUCUCAAAGAAUUAAAUGUGUCCAAUAAUAAGUUUAAAAGUUUACCAGGUGGUGGCUACUUACCAAAGAUGGAAAUUCUGAAGAUCAGCAGCAAUAAACUCACUUCACUCACAGGUGAAGAAAUCAAGGCAUUUAAGAAGCUUCACUUUUUAGAGGCUGGAAAAAAUAAUUACAUUUGUUCAUGUGAAUUCCUGUUUUAUAUGAAUAAUGACAUAACAGUGCAACUGUUGGGUGGAACAGAAAAUUAUGUCUGUGAUUCACCUCUAUUUCUCAGGGGAAUGUUUGUACAAAAUACUAAGCGCUCUUUUUUUGACUGUCACACAACAUUGUCCCUAGUCUUUCUGUGUGUUGGCAUAUGUUUGGCAGUAGCCAUUGUUGGGAUGAUGUGCUACAAGUAUCAUGGGAUCUGGUAUAUUCAAAUGAUAUGGGCAUGGCUGAAGGCAAAGAGGAAACCAAAGAAAGUGAGGAAUUAUGAUCUUUGUUAUGAUGCAUUUGUUUCUUAUAGUGAGAUGGACUCAGAGUGGGUGGAAAACUUCCUGGUAAGAGAGUUAGAAAGUGCUCAUCCACCACUGACACUCUGCCUUCAUAAGCGUGAUUUCAUCCCAGGGAAGUGGAUAAUUGACAACAUUAUUGAGUCCAUUGAGAAAAGCAGGAAAUCCCUAUUUGUUUUAUCUCAACAUUUUGUUCAGAGUGAGUGGUGCAAGUACGAGCUUGACUAUACCCAUUUCCGUCUAUUUGAUGAAAACGAUGAUACAGCCAUACUUGUUCUGUUGGAGUCAAUUCCAAAGGAGACUAUUCCUCAGAGAUUUUGCAAGCUGAGGAAACUGAUGAAUACAAAAACCUAUUUGAAAUGGCCACAGGAUGAAGUAGAACAGCCAAUCUUCUGGUUCAAUUUAAGAAUUGCAUUGCAAGGAGAUAGCACUGCAAGCUUGUAAAUAGCUUCAACAUUUUCUUCCUUUAAAGUAAACCUACUUAUAAAAUAACAUUGCCUGAACUGCUGCUGCAGUGAUUCCAGAGCUUGGGCCAACCAUUAACAUAGCGUUUAUGCGGUGAUGUCAACAAACUAAGUUGAAGGGAAUUGUCUUGGAAUUGAAAUAAAUAAUAAUAAUAGACUCCAAAUCUUUUCUGCAUGGCAAAGCUUAUUAAAUCAUUUUGUGGAUAGGCAUUCGGAACUUUGGCUUGGCAAGAUCAGAAAGGAAGAAUAAAUGAACAAAUGUUUUUGGCUUGACAAACUCACACACAUUCCUUAGUCUAAGCUAUCAAGACUUCAACACAUCUUAUUAAGUCUGUUACUGGGAGGUUUUGUAUAAAAGUUUCCUGAUCCUCAAAGUGAUCAAGGGAAACUACAGAAAUCUCUCCCAUCCCAGAAUUCUUCUAUUCAAUUGUGGCCAUCAACUCUCCACUUCUACCUUGGCCUUUGCACCACCUAAAUGCCAUCUGGAAAACUGGCAAGAACAAAUCAACAGCUUCAAAAUAGUUGAUGCAGACAUCAAAAGCUGGCAACUCAAGAGAGCCCUAAUUUGGAAAAAGAAAAGUGGUGACAGACAAAUUGUAAUUUAAGAGAAGCAAUAUACAGCAUUGCUUCACUUGGACUGAGGAAAACAAUCUAUGACUACUAGAAAACUUGAAGUGGAAGUCAAAAUGUUGAAGGCAUAAAAUUGAUUGUGCGUUUCUAGGUGGGGAGGUCUGGGGCAUGCCCCCAUGGAUAAAAAUUACAUUGCACAUUAAAAAUGAUUUUGUUCAUUUUAAAUACUUUUAUAUUUUACAAUUAACCAGCUUUUGUUUUUAAAAAAGGAAAAAUAAAUUGAUAUUUCAACUUUCAA